AUAUGAUUAUUAUGUAGGAAAUGAGUAAGGUUUCAGUGAUCGUCGUUGUGUUGCUCUUUAGACGAAACAUUUCUCGUUGCAUUCACAGAUAACCUUAAUCCAAGAAAAAGGGAACGAACAAAGAAUAAUGUGGACAACAAAUUUCGAUGGGGGUGGAACACAGGCGAAAACAUUACAAGAACUUCACUGCUUCCCUCCUCUGGUUGGUGUGCUUCAACAAGAAUUUAAAAUUUUUUUGUUCACAAUCUGCAUUCUCCUUUCCAUUACAGCACUUCUUGGGAACUUUCUUAUCCUCGUUGCCCUUCACAAAGAAUCUUCCCUGCAUCCGCCGUCAAAACUCUUGUAUCGUUGUCUGGCAACAACUGAUCUAUCUGUUGGUCUUGUAGCCCAGCCUCUCUACGCUACUUAUUGUAUGUCUGUGGCUCAGGAACACUGGAGUCUUUGUCGAUACGCAUUUGACGCAGCCUACACCACAGGCUCUGCAUUAUGUGGAGUGUCUUUAAUGACGAUGAUGGCCAUAAGCGUGGACAGGCUUCUCGCCCUGUUGUUGGGGUUGAGAUAUGGACAAAGUGUAACUUUGACGCGCACAUAUAUCAUUGUAGCUAUCUUUUGGAUUGUAUCUAGCGUCGCUGCUUUAUGCUACGCAUUAGAUUACCGUAUAACCAUUUGGUUUGGCUAUAUAAUUAUACCGUCUUGCCUUGUUAUUUCAUUCGCCUCAUAUAUAAAAAUUUUUCGGGGUCUCAGUCAUCAUCAGGCUCAAGUACAAGAUCAUGUCCAACGACAGCCGAGCCAACCAAAUGCACUGAACAUGGCGCGAUACAAGAAGGCAGUGUACAAUGCUCUGUGGGUGCAGUUAGCAUUAGUUUGUUAUGCACCAUACCUUAUGCUGGAAAUUGUGAUCUCUCAAAGUAAAAUAUAUUCAUCACACUCAGUAGUCAUAAGGGGAGUAUCAAUUGUCUUAAUUUACUUUAACUCGACGUUAAACCCAUUUCUUUAUUGCUGGAAGAUUAUUGAAGUAAGACAAGGAGUGAAGCAGACGAUCAGACAAACACUUUGCUGUCUAUGGAGUUAGAUCCUCCUCGAGUAAUAUUUCUAUUAGUUCUUUUAAAGCUGAGAGUCACAAAGUCACAAUUAUGCAGUUAGCAAUAGUAGUUUGUUAUGCACCAUAUUUUAUAGUGGCAAUUUUAAUCAUUAUGUCAAACAUUUUCAUCACACUUAGAAGUCAUAGGGGAAGUAGAAGCUGUCUUAGUUUACUUUAACUCGACGUUAAACCCGUUCUUUUACUGCUGGAGGAUUAGUGAAGUAAGACAAGCAGUGAAGCAGACAAACAGACAGGCACCAUGGAGUUAGACCCUCCGAGUUAUAUUUGUAGAAGUACUUUCAAAGUUGAGAGUCAUAACUUCACAAUUAAUACAUAAGAACGCUAGUCAAAUAUGCUAGAAGAUGGUAAAAAUAAGAAGCUCGAAUAAUAUUGUUUGUUGUUCCAGGUUUGUACACUGAUAGUCUGCUGUGAAUAUUUUACCCGUUAAUUCAUGCUUUUUUUACGUUGAUUUAUGACAAUCGUUGAACAAUACCAUUGAUUUCUGUUGCGCAAACCCCUGUAGGGCUCUCGCUUCUAAUCGAUCGAGUAAUCGUUAAAAUAAAAUUGCUUGCAGUGUUCACUAAAUUUUUACUUUCAUAUUUAAUCUCCUUUUAGUGCAGGUAUUGGAUAAAACUUUAAAGUGUAGUUUGAGUUUUUCGAGGCACUUCUUUGUUACGAUAAACAAUUUCAUUUUUAUUUUUUCUUACUUGA